ACGGAUUCCAUAUCAGACAGAUAAGAUCAGAGAUAAAGGGUAUCGCAAAAGAGACACCAUGUCAGGUGAUCUAAGUAACAACGCCGAGCCUGAGAGUGAGAUUUCCACCAUCUAUGGCAGUGGAGGUGCUGAAGGGUUAAGCGAUGAUAAAGAAACUCAAGCAUUUGUUACAGAAUUCCAAAAUUCUUCAUCAGAUGCUGCGGUAAAGAAGAUUAAAGAAGACAUUGAGACUUUGGAUCAUGUGACACUCAACAUAGCUGUAACUGGAAAUACAGGGGCAGGAAAGUCCACCUUUGUGAACGCCAUACGGGGUCUGAGUAACGAUGAAACGGGAGCAGCUGAAACAGGAGUGACGGAGACCACAACAACACCGACACAUUACUCUCAUCCCACAAUGCCAAAUGUCACAAUAUGGGAUCUGCCAGGUAUCGGUACUCCCAACUUUAAAGCAAAGACAUAUCUGUCUGAUGUCCACUUUGAACGCUAUGAUUUCUUCAUCAUUCUCACCUCAGAGAGAUUCAAAGAGAAUGACAUCAAUCUGGCCAAAGCAAUCAAGAACAAGAAACGACUGUUUUAUUUCAUUCGCUCAAAGAUCGACAAUGACAUCAAUGCAGAAAACAGAAGAAGAGACUUCAACAAGGAGAGGCUGUUAUCUAAGAUCAGAGACGACUGUGAGAAGAACUUGAAUAGUGUUGGAAAGCCACAGGUUUUUCUGAUUUCCUCCUUUCAUUUGGACGAGUAUGAUUUCAACACAUUCAUGGACACCCUUGAGAAAGAACUCCCAGAAAAAAAGAAGCAUGCCCUCAUCCUUUCUCUACCAGUCUACUCCUUAGAGGCACUGCAGAGGAAGAAGAGACAUCUACAGAAGAUGAUCUGGCUCACAGCCUUUGGCUCUGGUGCAAUAGCUGCGGUUGCUGUCCCAGGUCUUACACUGGCAUGUGAUUAUGGAAUCAUAAUGUCAUUUCUAGAAAGCAUUUUCAGAUCUUUUGGUCUUGAGGAUGCAUCUUUGCAGAGGCUUGCAACAAGAGUGAGACUGAACUGGAAGGACCUAAAAGCUGAAAUGAAAUCGAGGUUCAAUGAUGGAGUCACAGGUGAUGCAGUAAAAUCUUUGUUGGCAACGCCUUCAAUGGCCUCCAUCUUGACACUCAAGGGGCUCAUGAGUGGUAUAAUCCCAUUCAUGCAGCUACCAGCUGGAGCCAUUUCAGUGGCUGUCAUCCACUAUCUGCUCAACAAAGGCCUAAAGGAAAUGGAAAAUGAUGCAAAAUCGGUGCUGGAAAAAGCAAGACUGCACCAAGUGUAGAUUUCAGAACUGAGGUUGCUGUAUCUGAGCACAGAGAACCGAUGAGUAUACAGUACAGUAUGUAAGAUAGACUACAUUGUAAAGACUGCCUCCAAGCAAAGCGCACUGCAAAAAUGUGUUUUGUGGACUAUAAUUUGUUGUAUUAUAGUGUAUUCUUGUUCUAAAGAUCAAACCCUGUUCAUGAAAGUGUGUGAUCAUAAAUGAUCAAAUACUGUAUGCAUUAGUUACUUCUGGGACAGUAAGGCUAUACUAGGCACAAUGAAGAUGAAUAACAAUGUCUGUUUUCUCCUUACCCUUAACAUGGUAGGAUCAAUCAUAUGUGUUUUCAGAAUGUAACAGCAAUAC